AUGAAGUGGAGGGAUUAUCAAACACUCCCAAUUCUCAUUUCCAACAGAUGCAUCAAUAAUCUCUAUCAACGCCACCGUCUCUACUUCACUAUCUUCCUCCGCAAGGUACAACCCACUCAAGUACGAGCCUACGCCAGCAGUGGUGGCGCUAGCGGGAGCAAUGGCAGUCGCUCAGAAGGGAAUUCUUUCUUGGUGCCUGGGGCAACUCUGGCAACUAUACUUAUGCUUGGUGCUCUCCAUGCACGCCAUAUAUAUGAAGAUAAGAAGAUUGAAGAGGCAAGGGAAAAAGGAGUUGAUUUGGAGUUCCACCCUGAUGUUAAAGAAUUACCCAUUUGGCUGAGACCAUACAUGUACAAAGCAUGGGCUCGAGCAUUCCAUUCUAACUUAGAAGAAGUUGGUCUGCCUUUGGAAGAAUAUGCAUCUCUGCGGGAGUUUUUUGUUCACACAUUGAAAGAAGGAUCAAGAACUAUUGAUUCUGACCCUUACUGUCUGGUCAGUCCUGUAGAUGGCAUUGUUUUGAGAUUUGGUGAAUUGCGAGGAGCAGGGGCCAUGAUUGAGCAAGUGAAAGGAUUUUCUUAUUCAGCUUAUUCUCUUCUCGGUGCAAACUCGUUUCUUCCGAUGAUUGCUGCAGAGUAUGCAAGGGAAGAAAAUGGUGAGGAAGAGAACACUAUGAGAGAUGAGACACAAAGGUCAUGGUGGAGAAUAUCUCUCGCUUCUCCUAAGGUUAGAGAUACAGCAAGCCCAAUGAAAGGCCUCUUUUACUGCGUUAUUUACUUGAAGCCCGGUGACUAUCAUCGGGUACACUCUCCAGUUGAUUGGAACGUUCUUGUUCGUCGUCAUUUUACAGGUCAUCUUUUCCCAAUGAACGAGCGUGCCACAAGAACUAUCAGAAACCUGUACAUUGAAAACGAAAGGGUUGUUCUUGAAGGCCAGUGGGGAGAAGGUUUCAUAGCAUUGGCAGCAAUUGGUGCAACAAAUAUUGGUUCCAUUGAGCUUUAUAUUGAACCAACACUGCGGACAAAUCAGCCCCAAAAGAAACUGCUACAUCCAUUGCCUCCAGAAGAACGGGUUUAUGAGCCUGAAGGGACUGGGAUCAUGCUUAAAAAGGGGGAUGAGAUAGCUGGUUUCAACAUGGGAUCAACAGUUGUGCUGGUAUUUCAAGCUCCAAUUUCACAAGCAUCUACAGGAAAAGGUAAUUCCUCGGAAUUUAAGUUUUGCGUAAAGAGAGGUGAAAGAAUCCGUAUGGGAGAAGCACUCGGAAAGUGGCAUGGGUAG